AUGAACAGAGGAAAUUUUGGUCUCGGUCUCAAACUAUCUGUUCCUGCAACUGAUCAAGUUGCUUUUGCCAAGUUUCUGACUGAAAGUGGAACGUUUAAGGAUGGAGAUCUGCUUGUAAACAGAGAUGGAGUUCGAAUUGUCUCUCAGUCUGAAGUUGAAGCUCCACCACCAAUCAAGGCAACAGACAACCAGUUAAGUUUGGCGGACAUCGACAUAGUGAAAGUUGUUGGGAAGGGAAAUGGAGGGGUGGUGCAAUUGGUGCAACACAAAUGGACUAAUCAGUUUUUUGCAUUAAAGACAAUUCAAAUGAAUAUUGAAGAACCCGUGCGCAAGCAGAUAGCUAAAGAGCUGAAAAUUAAUCAAGCAGCACAAUGUCCUUACGUUGUUGUCUGCUACCAAUCAUUCUAUGAUAACGGUGUCAUAUCAAUCAUCUUAGAGUACAUGGAUGGAGGUUCUUUGGCUGAUCUUCUGAAGAAAGUUAAAACAAUUCCAGAGCCUCGUCUAUCUGCCAUCUGUAAACAGGUUCUAAAGGGUUUAGCAUAUCUUCACCACGAAAGACAUAUUAUCCACAGAGACUUGAAGCCUUCUAAUUUGUUGAUAAACCAUACAGGCGAAGUAAAGAUUACCGAUUUUGGUGUUAGUGCAAUUAUGGAAAGUACAUCUGGUCAAGCGAAUACUUUCAUUGGCACGUACAACUAUAUGUCUCCAGAGAGAAUCAAUGGAGGCCAGGGUGGCUACAACUACAAAAGUGAUAUAUGGAGUUUGGGACUUAUAUUGCUCGAGUGUGCUAUGGGACGGUUUCCAUAUAUGCCACCAGAUCAAAGUGAAAGAUGGGAAAGUAUAUUUGAGCUUAUUGAAACUAUUGUCGACAAGCCUCCUCCUAGUGCUCCAUCUGAACAAUUUUCUCCAGAAUUUUGCUCAUUUAUCUCGGCAUGUCUACAGAAAGAUCCGGGGAAUAGACUGUCUGCACAGGAACUUUUGGAACUUCCUUUUAUCAGCAUGUAUGAUGACCAGCAUGUAGAUCUCUCGGCUUACUUCUCCAAAGCAGGAUCUCCACUCGCAACCUUAUUAUAA